CAGCUCCAUGCAGUCACGAGCACACAGUGAAGAGAGAAGAGGCUAAGGGAUAUAUUGGUUUCAUGGAUUGCUGUGUGGAGGGGAAGCUAGCGUUACAUGAGUGAUUCUGUGUGGUGACAGUGUGUGUGUGUGUGUGUGUCUGUGUGCAUGUGUCUGUGUGUGAGGGCCAGCUCGGUGCAUCGCUAUACGUCCUUCAAACACCUGCUGCUCCAUCAGGAAGGAAAGGAAUAGGCCUACUGCGGUUUGAGAGGGAUUCUUGUGCUGUCCAUGUAUCGUCGUUGUCAUGGGUGACGUGGAGAAAAAAAGACCAGCCAUCGCAGGCAGAGAAAGAGGACCAGGACCUGGACGUUACUCACUGCCUUCUACCAUCGGCUUCAUUGGCCACGACUUCACAAAACCCACCAGCCCUGCUUGCUCCUUCCACGGACGCAUGAGCAACAACAUGUACUCUGUAGACUCCAGCCCUGGGCCUAGAUACUAUGUUGAUGCUAAAAUCACUCGCUUUGGAAGAGAUGGAAACCCUGCAUACUCAAUCUUGGGUAGAGUGAAAGCACAAAGAACGAUCUUCCAGACACCUGGACCCGGAGCUUACAGCCCCGAGACCCCUACCUACAACACCAAACGCAAGCCCCCCUCCUACACCAUGGGCUCCCGAACACAGUACCGGGCCUUGGACGCUGUGCCCGCACCAAAUAAGUACUCCCUGCCAUCACUAUUGGGGCCCCAGGUUCCCAACAAGGCAGCCAGCGCGAGCUACACCAUGUCUGGCUUCUACAAGACUGGGAGCCCGUCCGAAGAUCUAUCCAAGACCCCUGGGCCGUGCAAAUACAACUGCACAGACCCCAGUGUGUAUCUGCGCAGACAGCCAGCCUUCUCCAUGCUGGGGCGCCACGGCCUACCCAGGGACGCCACUAAGAAGCCGGGCCCGGGGACCCACAACCCUGAGAAGGUGACCAUCAACAAACCCCGGGCGCCGGCCUACUCACUGGGCACAAGACACUCAGAGUUUGUGACCCCUUUGGUAGUUCAAUUGGCGGACUGAACUGAACUGCAGCCCCAACUUCUGCAUCAUGUAAGGGGGAAGAAUAGAUGUGAACAUAGACAUGAUAGCAAACAGCAAAUGCAUCGAAAAAUGAAUUAACAAAUGUGCAUGUGAAUUCACUUUUUUUAUUGAGGUCACUACAAAACAGUUUUUUCUCGAACAGAAUGAGAUAGUUGCGGAAAGAACAAAUGCUCAUAAAGGCCAUCAGCAUAAAGGACAAAUAAAAGAUUGAACCAUAGAAGUACUUUCAGAACAUGAAAUUCUUACAUUAAAGAAACAUAAAACAUCAAAGCAGAACAAUGUGACUGAUCCAGGGAAACUUCUACCUUCAUACGGUAAGCAUUGAGCUCAUCAAACACAGCACAACUUGUACCUUGUUGGCCGUAACAGCUGAGCUCCAACUUUUCAGCUCUCAGUCCUGCUGGCCCUUUUUUACAAGUUUUUAAAUAAAA